CUUCCGGGUCACGUCUCCUCACGCUGUGGCAGCAUGGCGGCGAAAAACAAGCACCGCAAGAAGUCCAAGGCGACGGAUAAAAUGACAUUUCAGACUGAAGAUAACGAGCCGGAGGCUGAAAACAGCGGCGGGGGGGAGGAUGAAGAUUUAGCAGGAGAUGAAGGAGGAGACAAAGCGAAUAAAGAUGAAGAGGAGUUCAGUCUGGAGGAGGUUUUACGACUCGGAGGAACACAGGCUGACUACGUCUUCCUUGCCGGCAUUGACGACAAUCAGGAGCUCGUUGAUGGAGGUAAGAAAGGAGCAAUAGACGACCUGGAGGACGGUGAGCUGGAGAAGUUCAUCACCAAACUGGGCAUCAGGUCGUACAGCGGACAGCAGGUCAUCACUGAUGAGCCGGAGAGCAGUGCUGAGGCUGGUGAGAAGGAGAGUAAAAAAGCCAAAACCAAGAAAUCGUCAACAGAGGAACAGUCUACCAGCGCUCAGCCAAAAGUUAGCCAACAGAAGGUGAAGGUGACAAAAGAAGUUCAGGUAUCUGGGAAAAAGGUAAAGCAGAAUACAAAUGUGUUUGAGUUUCAGCAGAGGCAGGUCCUGCUGAUCAAACCGGGGGGGAAAUGGUUUGAGCUGGAAUACUCAGCCGAGGGUUCGUCAGAGCUGCAGGAAGCCUCUCUGGUCUCCCAGUACAAGACGCUCGCUGAGCGGCUGUUUGAGGCCGAAGUGAACAUCUACAAGAGCAAGAAGAGCCUGCAGAAAGGAGCCAACUCCACCUGGAUGAAGACGGUCGUCUCCUCCGGUGUGCUGGCAGACAGGAUGGCUGCCAUGACGGUUCUGAUCCAGGACGCUCCGGUGCACAUGCUGGAGCACGUAGAGAACCUGGUGUCCAUGGUGAAGAAGAAGGGCAGCCGGCGGAUGGGUCUGAUGGCGAUGGACACCCUUCGAGAGCUGCUGCUGUCCAGUCUGCUGCCUGAGAACAGGAAACUCCGCACCUUCUCCCAGCAUCCAUUCGACCAGCUGGAGGAGAAGGCCAGUGGCAACCGCGACGCCCGUGACCGCCGCCUCGUCCUCUGGUAUUUUGAGCACCAGCUGAAGCACCAUGUGGCCGAGUUUGUGGUGGCUCUGGACUCAAUGGCUCACGACACGGUGGCGGCCACUAAGGCGAAGGCGCUGGCCACCGCCCACGAGCUGCUGUGCAACCGUCCGGAGCAGGAGAAGGCGCUCCUCAUCCAGGUGGUCAACAAACUAGGAGACCCUGAGUAUAAGACGGCAGCCAAAGCAUCGUACCUGCUGGAGACACUGCUGCACAAACACCCCAACAUGAAGGUGGUGGUGUGCUGCGAGGUGGAGCGGCUCAUGUUCAGGCCCAACAUCAGCCCGAAGGCGCAGUACUACGCCAUCUGCUUCCUCAGCCAGGUGAUGCUGAGCCACGACGAGACCGAGCUCGCCACCAAGCUCAUCACCGUCUACUUCUCGUUCUUCCGGGCCUGCGUCAAGAAGAAGGACAUCGAGUCGAAGAUGCUGAGUGCGCUGCUGUCGGGCGUGAACAGGGCGUAUCCCUACGCCAGCGCCGCGGACGACAAGGUGAAGGAGCAGCUGGACACGCUGUUCAAAGUGGUUCACCUGGUGAAGUUCAACACGGCUGUGCAGGCGCUGAUGCUGCUGUUCCAGGUGAUGGACUCCCAGCAGAGCGUGUCGGACCGAUACUACGUGACUCUGUACAGGAAGCUGCUGGACCCCGGGCUGUCGUCGUCCUCCAGACAGAACAUGUUCCUCAACCUGAUCUACAAAUCUCUGAAGGCCGACGUGGCCCUGCGGCGGGUCAAAGCCUUCGUGAAGCGGCUCCUGCAGGUCAGCGCUGAGCAGAACGCCAGCUUCGCCUGCGGAGCUUUGUUCCUGGUGUCUGAGGUUAUGAAGUCCAAACCGGGCCUCAAGGUCCUACUGCAGGAGGAAAGGGAGGGUGAGGAGGAGGUGUUCAAAGACCUCGCUGCAGACAAAGAAGAUGGUGACGAUGAUGAUGAUGACGAUGGAGAAGAGCGCUUUGUGGACGCUGACAAACUGGAGGAAGGAACGAGUGCAGAGCCAGAGGAGGCCAAACCCACGGCAUCAUGGGUUCAUCACCAGAACCUGGAAGGCGGGAAGAGCAUGCAGAGCUACGACCCGCUGCACAGGAACCCGUUAUUCUGCGGCGCCGAUCAUACGACAUUAUGGGAGCUGCACAGGCUCGCUCUGCACUUCCAUCCCUCGGUGUCGCUGUUUGCAAAAACCAUCCUGCAGGGAGACUCCAUCCAGUACUCUGGAGACCCUCUGCAGGAUUUCACCCUCAUCAGGUUCUUGGAUCGAUUCGUCUUCAGAAACCCCAAACAACUGAAAGGAAAACAAAACACCGAUUCUGCAGCGAUGAUGUCCAAACAGAGGUUACCUGUCAACUCUUUGCCAGUGAACUGUGCAGAGUUUCUGUCUAAAGAAGAAAGUCAAAUUCCCGUGGAUGAAAUCUUCUUCUAUCGCUACUUCAAGAAGCACGAGCAGGAGAAACAGACUCGUCGGCCACGAAGAGACGGCGACGAUGAGAGCGUGGAGGACGUGGAUGAUGACGAGUUUGAGAAACUUCUCGAUUCCUGUGAGGGAGACUCGUACUUCACCGACCUGGGGGUUGAUGAUCUGGACUUUGCAGGGAACGUGAAGAGCAAAAAAGACAAGAAAGCUGCAGAGGACUCAGACGAGGAUGAGGACGACUCAGACGUGGACGACCUGGAUGAUGAGGAGGUGUCUCUGGGCAGCAUGGACGAGGAAGACUUCGGAGACGAGCUGGACGAGGAAGGAGGGACGUUCAUGGAUCUUGAUGGAGGAGAUGAAGAUGAUGAUGAAGUUCCAGAGCUGGAGGAUGGUGAUGCUGCGUUUGGAGAUUCCGACGACGACGACAUGGAAGCUCCAGACAUCACUCCUCAGACCAAGAAGGGGAAGAGAAAAUCCUCAGAGGAGCUCGACUUCUCUGGAUCUUUAGGUUCUAAACAGGGAAAGAAGAAGAAGAAAGAAAAAAGUGCAGCCAUGUUUGCUUCUGCUGAAGAGUUUGGCUCCACGCUGGAUGAGAACGCCGGCUCCAAGUUUGACAACAUCGGGCUGAACGCCAUGGCCAACCGAGACAAAGCAGGUCUGAAGCAGCUCAAGUGGGAGGCUCAGCGUGACGACUGGAUCCAUGGCCGCGACGCCAAGACGCUGCGCAAGAAGAAGACCAUGUUCAACAAGAAGAAGACGAUGUUCGGCCGACCCAGGACAACAGGCAGGACGUUCGGGAACAAGAAGAAGAAGAAGUAGCUGACGAUGUGGUCUUUCCACUGGCGGACGUCUUCACUCCUGUUUGGUCGACCAGACUUGGUGGUCUCUCUCUCGGAUGCCGUAGACUCCCGCCCACUCGUUGGACUUGUAGUAAACUGGGAGGAAACGGACAAGCAGAAACUGGUUUUCAAAUCCAGUCUGUCGGUUGAUUAAAGCCACUCACUGCUAAUGACUUUUCUCUCUUCAAUGAGAUAGAAACAUCUGAUCUGAAGAGGAGCUGUGUUUAGAUUUUGUAAAAUUUAAGACUUUUAUGCCGGACAGUUGUCACGGUGACAUUUGUGUUUGUAGAUGAUUAAGGACAGAUUUCCCAAUUUAAUACACAACCAACAGAUUUUCUAUCUAUUGUAACUCUAAUAAAUAAAAUUCAUAAUUAUA